UCCAGUCAGUGGAAGUUCAGCUGUCAUUCCUCCUCUCACCCUCUCAGGCUGACGGCCGUGUCUGCCAACAUGGGUUUAAUCACAGGACUCUGCACUUUCUUGUACCAUUUACCUCAGAUUUACAAAUGGUUACUGAAGCCGUAUUAUAUCACUUCGUUCUUCAUGACGAUCGCCUUCCUGGUAGUCCGAAAGGCUCCGGGUCUGUGCGAACACCUGGCCACUCAACGGGAGGACGGCAACUCCUGCGACUUUGACUGGAGAGAAUUGGAGAUCCUCAUGUUUCUCAGUGCAAUAGUGAUGAUGAAAAACAGAAGAGCCAUCACCCUGGAUCAGCACAUAGGCAACCUAUUCCUGUUCAGUAAAGUGGCCAACGUCAUUCUCUUCUUCAGACUGGAUGUCCGGCUAGGAAUCCUUUACCUUGCAUUGUGUGUCGCAUUUGUCAUGACCUGUAAGCCACCAAUUUACAUGGGCCCAGAGUACAUCACAUACUUCAGCGAUAAAACCAUUGAUGAGGAGCUGCAGCGAGACAGUCGCAUCACUUGGAUUGUUGAAUUCUAUGCCAACUGGUCAUCUGACUGCCAGUCCUUCGCUCCUGUUUUUGCCGACCUAUCCCUCAAGUACAACUGUGCCGGGCUCAGGUUUGCAAAAGUGGACAUUGGACGCUAUGGAGACAUUUCACAGAGGUACGGUGUUAGCACAUCUCCUCUGGCCAAGCAGCUGCCAACACUGGCACUUUACCAAGGAGGUCGGGAAAUGAUGAGGCGUCCAAUGGUGGACAAUAAAGGGAGAGCUGUGUCUUGGACCUUCAAUGAGGAGAAUAUUAUCCGAGAGUUUAACCUCAAUGAGCUGUUCCAGAAAUCCAAGAAGUUAAGCAAAGGUCGUGGUUUGAAGGGAGAAGAGCAGAGCAGCUUUGAGCCAGAAGAGGGCAGUGAUGAGCCCCAGCCUGAAACUGAUGACCAGCAGCAGAGCACAGAGACCAAGAAGGAGAAGUGAGCUGUCCAGUAAGACAGACGGAGGUUUCAGGAAGUCUUCACUUUGCUUUCCUUGCUUUACAUACAUCGCAAAAGUCCAAAAUAUUGUGGAAUGGAUAGAAGAAAGCAGCCUGAACCCCUAAACAUCUAACUCCAUUCUAAGUCUGGACUGUGGCAAAUUAACUCCUCCAAUAAGAUGGACCUCUGUUCCCCACUCUGGGGCUUUGGUAUGCUGCAGUGUGGUUUGGACACAGCCACAAACAUCUUCAAGCAGUGAUCCUUAAUGUUUUUUAUUACAAAUCUUAAGUUAUUCGUCAACAAAUGCCUUUUUGUAAUUAUUUUUGCCACUUUCAGCGAUAUCUUUUCACUGUAUGUGGACUUGCAUUUGCCUGAGACUUUGCUAAAUGUUUACGAGUCAGAUUUUUCAAAACCAAAGGAAGUGAUACUGAAAUUAAAUGUGUGCAUUUCAACUCAAGACUCACUUAGCAUCAGUUUGACCUUUUUUAUUUUGAGAAGACAUCUUUUUAAAAAUUCUUUAUAAGGCCAUUUUGGAAAUCUCAACGUAUUUGUUACAGAUAUUUGUGAAACCCAUUCAUCACAGCCCACAAUAGCAAUAUUUAAGUAUUCUCACAUACAAGUAUACUUAUUAUACUCCAUUUUAAUUGUUCAAGGACCGCCAUCCAUGGCCAGAACAGGAAGAAAUUAACACAGGUUCUCCUUAUCUCUAUACGACGGCUGUUUGUGCCAUUAAUGAUGCCUCUUUUAUUGUUUCCACCCACACAUGAAUUCGUGGGAAUUUGACAGUAUUCUCACAAGUAUGCACACCAGUGAAGCAUUCAGCACGACAAAGAAAAAUCACAUGCACACCGAAGAUAUAGCCAGGGAGGGUUUAAAACUCGUAGCACAGUCGUUUGGCUUGAUACUCGUGUGCCUCAAGCAUGUACUUUUCCCUAAAAAUGUGCUACCAAAAGCCAGCUUUAACAUUCUUCUCCAAACACUGCUGUGGGCUUCAAUCAAAAAAUAAAAUAAAUAAAAACCAUUGCUGUAAUGCCCAACCCUUAUCUCGCAAACACGCCUCCCUUCAUCCACUUAUUCCUUUUAUAACAUGGCUGUGGGUAAAAAAAAUAACUGUACCUUUUAGACUGUUUAAAA